AUGAGGUAUCAAAGGUUGCUGGGGUUGGUCUUCCUGUUGUUGAUCCCAUUAGAUCUCCUCGCCUUGGACUUCACCGGUUACAGUUGCGGCAGCAAUGGCAAUUACACCACCAACAGCGCAUACAGAGCUAACAUCAAAACCACUCUCUCUUCUCUCUCUACAAACAUCGACAACGAUGGCUUCUACAACGCCUCGACCGGGCAGGGUCCUGACAGAGUCAACGCCAUCGCGUGGUGCAGAGGCGACGUUCAGCUCAACGCUUGCCGCCAAUUCCUACAGAAAGCCGGCGCCGAUCUCGUGAAUUCGUGCCCGGUUCAGAAGGAGGCGUUCUUCUUUAAUGAUUUCUGCACUUUGCGAUACUCGAAUGCUACCGUUUAUGGGAAUCUGGCACUUGAUCCAUCCCAAUACUACUGGAAUCCAGGGAACUCUAUGAGUCCGAAGCAGUUUAAGGAGGAUCUGAGGGCGUUGCUCGAAAGUCUUCGGAUACGAGCCACCGGUGGCUCGUCUACGAGGAAAGUGGCAGCUGGAAAUGUAACUGGGCCCGAUUUCCAAAGAAUUUUCGCUUUAGUUCAGUGCACCCCAGAUUUGUCAUCGGAGAAGUGUACUAGGUGUCUGGUUCGUGUCAUUUCAGUUAUACCGAUAUGCUGUAGCGAACGAAUAGGGGGUAGCGUGUUCGCGCCAAGUUGCAGUUUUCGUUUCGAGACCAAGAGCUAUCAACAAGAGGCCCAGGGUCCCAUGUAG